AUGGCUGGCGCGCUCCUCGGCAACUUGCGUGGUGCCUUUAUCGUUGCUCCGUGGGUGGGUUACCUAGCCCUAGCAGAUGUCGCUCUAUCACUACUCCUGCCCGUGAAGCUCAUUGCACCUAACUUGGUAUACAAUAUCUCAUCCGGGAUCGCGUCCUCGGUUUGGAAAUGGGUUCAGGUCAUAUUUGAGAGGGUCAACGGCGCCAAUAUCACUAUCUCUGGCGACAAGCUGCCGAAGGGCGAGUCGGCCAUCGUGAUCGCCAAUCAUGUCACCUGGGCCGACUUCUACAUGAUCCAAGCGUUGGCGGUGCGAGCUGGCAUGUUGGGACGCUGUCGUUGGUUCGCCAAGAUCCAGCUGCGUGUGGUGCCUUUCCUCGGCUGGGGACUCUGGGCAAUGGGUAUGCCCAUGGUUAGCCGAAACUGGAUGCGGGAUCAAAGGGAGCUGGAUCGCGUCUUCAGUGGUAUUGUUGGCAGGAAAUGGCCGACAUGGCUCAUAAGCUUCAGUGAAGCAACGCGCUUCACGCCGCAGAAGUACGAGGAGACAAAGGUGUGGUGUACACAGAACGACCGGCCUGUACCCAAACACCUUUUGUACCCUCGCACGAAGGGUUUCAUCACAACGAUCCAGCAUCUGCGUAAAGCACCGCAUGUCAAGGCUGUUUAUGACCUCACAAUCGCGUAUCAACACGGCGACGAGUUUCACGAGGCUCCCAAUAUGUGGGAAACGCUGAAGCUUUCGGAUAUCAGCAGCCAGCAUGGCUACAAAUUUCAUGUCCACGCACGCCGCUUUCCGUUGGAGGAGCUACCACACACUGACGAGGAGCUUGCCAAAUGGCUUGAGUGCCGAUGGGUGGAGAAAGGUGAGUGGUUGGACAGGAAGAAGAAAGAAUGGUCUGCAUGUUAG